GGCGGCGGCGGCGGCGGCGGGGUGAGGGGGGGGAGCGGGGCGGCCGUGCAGGCCCCCGGGGCCGAGGGGAACGGGAAAGACUGGCCGGCGCGGGAGGCGCUCGCCGGGCCCCGGGCGGGCGGGAGUGUCUCCCCCCCCCCCCCGUCCCCGCCGCCCUCCCCCUCCCGGGCCGCGCGUUCCCAGGAGACCCUUGACCAGAGCUCACAUACUCUCCGGGGCAUGGAGCUGAGGGGGCCCGUCCGGGAGCCCUGCGCGCUCACUCUCGCCCAGAGACACGGGCAGUACGAGUUAAUAAUCCAGUUGUACCAGAAGGAACAGCCUGUUCAAGAUAUCAUUCCUAUAAAUAGCCACUUUAGAUGUGUUCAAGAAGCGGAAGAAACUCUUUUGAUUGAUAUAGCUUCAGACAGUGGCUGCAAAAUUAGAGUUCAGGGGGCCUGGACCAGAGAGCGCCGCUUUGAAAUUCCCGAUGAGGAGCACUGUUUAAAGUUUCUCUCAGAUGUCUUUGCUGCUCAGGAAGCUCAGUCAAAACUUCUUAUUCCAGAGCAAAAGGAUUCAUCCAGCUGGUAUCAGAAAUUAGAUACUAAAGACCAGUCAUCUGAUGUUACAGGGCUUCUCGGAUUUGAGGAUAACUUUGCCUCCAUGAAUUUGGACAAGAAAAUAAGUUCACAAAACCAUCCUACAGGAAUUCACCGGGAACCACCACCACCACCCCAUUCCAUGGGUAGAAUGCUUCCGCGUGAAAAAGAAACAUCUAGCAAGGAACAGCCCAAAGUGACCAACACCAUGCGGAAACUCUUUACACCUACUACUAAUACUUCCCCUUCCGUCCAGCGGGAAGGUAUCAUCAAACAUAUCCUGGCAAAGCGAGAGAAAGAAUAUGUCGACCUUCAGACUUUCAGAUUUUUUGUUGGAACUUGGAACGUGAAUGGCCAGUCUCCAGAUAGUGGGUUAGAACCUUGGCUGAACUGUGAUCCGAAUCCUCCUGAUAUCUACUGCAUUGGAUUCCAGGAGCUGGACUUGAGUACAGAAGCCUUUUUCUACUUUGACUCUGUAAAAGAACAGGAAUGGACCAUGGCUGUAGAGAGGGGCUUGCAUUUUAAAGCCAAGUAUAAGAAAGUCCAACUAGUCCGCCUUGUUGGGAUGAUGCUCCUAAUAUUUGCCAAAAAGGAUCAGUAUCGAUAUAUCCGUGAUGUUGCUGCAGAAACAGUUGGAACUGGAAUCAUGGGGAAAAUGGGGAACAAAGGUGGAGUAGCUGUGAGAUUUGUUUUUCACAACACGACCUUUUGCAUUGUCAACUCCCACCUGGCUGCCCAUGUGGAGGACUUUGAGAGGAGGAAUCAAGAUUAUAAGGACAUUUGUGCACGAAUGAGUUUCAUAGUCCCAAACCAGAUGGUCCCAAAUCCAACUCCACAGCUGAACAUCAUGAAACAUGAUGUUGUCAUCUGGCUGGGAGAUUUGAACUACAGACUGUGCAUGCCAGAUGCCAAUGAAGUGAAGAGUUUUAUUAACAAGAAUGACCUUCAGAGACUCUUGAAAUUUGACCAACUAAAUAUUCAACGCACUCAGAAAAAAGCUUUUGCUGACUUCAUUGAAGGGGAAAUCAAGUUUGCUCCCACUUAUAAGUAUGACUCUAAAACAGAUCGAUGGGAUUCCAGUGGAAAAUGCCGAGUUCCAGCCUGGUGUGACCGAAUUCUUUGGAGAGGAACCAAUGUUAAUCAGCUUCACUACCGGAGUCACAUGGAACUGAAAACCAGUGACCACAAGCCCGUUAGUGCUCUCUUCAACAUUGGGGUGAAGGUUGUAGAUGAACUGAGGUAUCGAAAAGUGUUUGAAGAUAUUGUGCGCAUUAUGGACCGAAUGGAAAAUGAUUUCCUUCCUUCCUUAGAACUCAGCAGGAGGGAGUUUGUGUUUGAGAAUGUGAAGUUUCGGAAACUACAGAAGGAGACGUUUCAGAUCAGCAACAAUGGACAGGUUGCCUGCCAUUUUUCUUUCAUCCCAAAACUUAAUGACUCACAGUACUGCAAGCCAUGGCUUCGGGCUGAACCUUUUGAGGGCUACUUGGAGCCAAAUGAAACGAUAGAUAUUUCCCUUGAUGUGUACGUCAGCAAAGAUUCUGUGACCAUCCUGAACUCAGGAGAAGAUAAGAUUGAAGAUAUUCUUGUCCUUCACCUGGACCGAGGCAAGGAUUACUUCUUGACAAUCAGUGGCAAUUACCUUCCCAGUUGUUUCGGCACAUCUUUAGAGGCUUUGUGCCGUAUGAAAAGACCCAUUCGAGAAGUUCCCGUUACCAAACUCAUAGACUUGGAAAACACCGUAGGGGAUAAUGAUGGAUCCUCUGGCCCACAAUGGUCUGAAAGGAAAUUCCUUUUCAUUCCAGAGGGACCUCCAAAUGAAGAAGACAACCUCCUAGAAAAGGAGAAAUCCCUUCUGCAUAUGGUUCCCUUGGAUGAUGGUGCCAGUGAGAGACCCCUUCACAUCCCCAAGGAGAUCUGGCUUCUGGUAGAUCACUUAUUCAAAUAUGCCUCUCAACAAGAGGACCUGUUCCAGACACCUGGGUUGCAAGACGAGUUAGAGGACAUCAUCGACUGUCUGGAUACCAGCAUUCCUGAGAAAGUUCCUGGCACUAAUCACUCAGUGGCGGAAGCACUGCUCAUUUUCUUGGAAGCCCUACCAGAGCCUGUCAUCUGUUAUGAGUUGUAUCAGCGGUGCCUCGACUCUUCUCAGGAUCCCCGGAUCUGCCGACAGGUGAUUUCCCAGCUUCCAAGAUGCCACAGAAAUGUUUUCCGUUACUUGAUGGCAUUCCUCCGAGAACUCUUAAAAUUCUCUGAUUAUAACAAUGUCAACGCCAACAUGAUUGCUACUCUCUUCACUAGUCUUCUCCUGAGGCCUCCACCCAACCUUAUGGCAAGACAGACUCCAAGUGACCGCCAACGUGCUAUCCAGUUCCUUCUGGGAUUUCUACUUGGAAGUGACGAAGACUAAGCCUCUUCCCCCUUCUUUUCUCCAAGACUCUAGAGGAAGAAGACCUUUUGCACCAAGUAUUUUAGAAUAACAUGAAAAAUCAUGCUACAGAAAGGGGCCUCAAACUGUUGGCAUUGAAAACAAAAUCUACUAUUUCUAGUGCAAAACAAAGUUUCCUAGUCCCUCCUUUACCAUAUUCUACACAGCAGAAUACCUUUAGACUUAUAUUGCCAAGCCAAAGUUACCGUAUUUUGGUGUUUAUGUGUUUUCUCUUUAUAAGACAAAGAGAUCUGUAUUUACACUCCUUUAUCUGGGGAUGUGUUUGUUGCCCACCUGCCCAGCUGUCAUGAUAAUCCUUUGCACCCUAGGUCUAGAUUCUGAGAUGUUCCCAUUCUAGGCCUACAGGCACUACUUAAUAAUAGCUCAGGCUUGGCCAUGGUCAAGCACUUUUGCCCUACCCCUUCCUGUACCACCUCUUUGCACUCCACUCUUUUAGUUCUUAUCAUGCCAAAGGACGUCUGAGUCAGGUUAGUGACUCUCUGAGUGUCCUCAACAGUGUGGCCUAACUGUCUCCAUGUGGUUGUUACAUGCAUUUGUGCAUUUCUACUAAAUGUCAUCUGUAUGUCUCUGCAAUGUUGGCACUGGGUGGAACCAUAUCCUAUAAAUACUCUCUGCUGCCAUACUUAGUAGCAGAAUUUUCGGGAGUGUUAGGGAUCACAUCUCAUUGUUGUGAGAGAAUCACAGAGUGGAAGCACUUUGAGCAUUUCAGGAGUAAGAAUAUUUGUGCUUGACAGGUCUUGCUUCUUACUGUCCCUUUUUGUUCAUAGUCACAUGUUAUGUAAUAAGUAUCCUGGAUGUCUAGCACCCACCCCCACUUAGAAAUCCAUCUCAGGAGCAACUCUUACACUACAAUCAAAAGCAAAGCCUGCGGGGGCUGGAGCAAUAGCACAGCGUGUAGGUGUUUGCCUUGCACGCGGCCGACCCAGGUUCGAUUCCCAGCAUCCCAUAUGGUCCCCUGAGCACCGCCAGGAGUAAUUCCUAAGUGCAUGAGCCAGGAGUAACCCCUGUGCUACUCCAGGUGUGACCCAAUAAGCAAAAAAAAAUGCCUGCAUCUCCCAUGGGCCUCUUUAGAGAUGCUGCUCCUUUCAGCCAAUGAGGACAUGGAGGUCUCUGAAGUCUCAGGAGAUAUCUAUCUCUCUCCCUCAGCAAAGCUGACUCUGAGCUAUUCCACCAGCUCCCAGCAGUUCAAGCAUCUUAUUCAGUGCUACAUAAAAGAAACUGGGCAGUGGAUCCAACCAAGCAUCUUUCUCUCCCUCCCAGGACAUCCCUCUGAGCUUUUCAUUUACUUAAGCUCUGGGGUAGCCUUUUUGAAAAUUUAGAUUGCUUGAAAAAACAG